AUGGGAAGGUCGCCUUGUUGCGAUGAGAAUGGUCUAAAGAAAGGGCCGUGGACUUCUGAAGAAGAUCAAAAGCUUAUUGAUUACAUUCAUAAACAUGGCCAUGGAAGCUGGAGAUCCCUUCCAAAGCUCGCAGAUUUGAACCGAUGUGGAAAGAGUUGUAGACUACGAUGGACGAAUUAUCUGAGACCUGAUAUCAAAAGAGGAAAGUUUUCCGCGGAAGAAGAGCAAACAAUCCUCCAUCUCCAUUCUAUUCUAGGGAAUAGAUGGUCAGCUAUUGCGACACAUUUGCAUGGACGUACAGAUAAUGAGAUCAAGAACUUUUGGAACACACAUCUAAAGAAGAAACUGAUCCAAAUGGGCAUUGAUCCUGUGACUCAUCAGCCAAGAACCGACUUAUUCGCAAGUUUACCUCAGCUCAUAGCGUUAGCAAACCUAAAAGACCUCAUUGAACAAACGUCACAAUUCUCAUCCAUUCAAGCUGAGGCAACUCAACUAGCCAAGCUACAAUAUCUCAAUUGUAUGCUUAACUCUUCAGCUUCAUUAUCCAACAACAACAACAAUAGUCCCAGUAGUAUCCUUAUUAUCGAUCAAAACCACGCAAUGAAUCUCUUAAACUCCAUGGUCUCAUGGAAUAAAAACCACAACCCAAAUUUCAAUGUCGCUCUUGAAUUUGAGGCUAACGGUCAAAAUAAAGAUUUAUUUCCACUGGGGUCUAUAAUUGAUUCAACCACCCAACAAUUCCAACAACAACAGUAUCACUUAAACAAUAUUACUAGUGAGCAACCAUCCCAAGGUGACCCACUUCUUCUUGAUCAUGUCCCUUUCAAUCUAACUACACCUUUCCAUACUGAAGAACACUUUAUAGACAAUUUAGCCACACAUCAAGAUCAAGAUAAUGAUGAUCCAUCUUCGUGGGUUCUGCCUUCUCUUAUAGACUACAGCCCUAAAACUGUCAUGUCUUCUCUUCGUUACAUCAAUCCUGCGGAUGCGAGCAGCAGCUCGAGCUAUGGCGGUGGGGACGCUGCGUUACUCUAUUGGCCUGAAUUUUGCUUCGACGAAAGCCUUAUCAAAGAUAUUUGA